CAAAAGCCUCCGGACACGGUCAGAUGUCCCCAAACCGGCGGGUGCAGGGCGGCUGCUGUGCAACAUGCGACCGGCCAGGACGAUGAGGUGCCCGCUGCUCCUGCUGCUGGUCCUGUGGGGGGCCCAGAGCCGGGCCCCCCCCAAGCCCAACUUCGUCCUGAUCAUGGCCGACGACCUGGGCAUCGGCGACCCCGGCUGCUAUGGCAACAAGACCCUCAGGACUCCCAACAUCGACAGGCUGGCCCAGGAGGGAGUGAAGCUCACACAGCACCUGGCGGCCUCGCCCCUCUGCACCCCGAGCCGGGCAGCCUUCAUGACCGGCCGGUACCCCGUCCGAUCAGGGAUGGCGUCUCAGACACGGAUCGGAGUUUUCCUGUUCUCGGCCUCCUCGGGAGGACUUCCCAAUACUGAGGUCACGUUCGCCAGGCUUCUGAAGGACCAGGGCUACGCCACAGCUCUGAUAGGGAAGUGGCAUCUGGGCACCCACUGCCACAACAACUCCGACUUCUGCCACCACCCGUCCAGCCACGGCUUCGACUACUUCCACGGCCUUCCCGUGACCAACCUGCGCGACUGCAAGCCGGGGGCCGGCAGCGUCUUCGCCCAGGCCGUCCGCCUGCUGGUGCUGGCGCCGCUGCAGCUGCUCGGCCUGGCGCUGGCCACGCUGGGCGCCCUGCGCUGGCUGGGCCUGCUGCCCGUCCCCGGCCCCGUCUUCCUGGUCCUGCUGCUGCUGGCCGCCGCCCUGCUGGGCCUGCUGCUCUGCUUCCUGCAGUCCUUCCGGCCCCUCAACUGCUUCCUCAUGCGGGACCGGGCCGUCAGCCAGCAGCCCCUGUCCUACGACAACCUCACCCAGCGGCUCGCCGCCGACGCCGCCCGCUUCGUGCGACGGAAUGCCGAGAAACCCUUCCUGCUCGUCUUCUCCUCCAUCCAGGUGCACACGGCCCUGUACGCCUCCAAGGACUUUGCCGGGAAGAGCAAGCACGGUGCCUACGGCGACGCGGCCGAGGAGAUGGACUGGGGUGUCGGGCAGAUCCUGAAUGUCCUAGAGGAGCUGCAGCUGGCCAACCGCACCCUCGUCUACUUCACCUCCGACCAGGGCGCCCACGUCGAGGAGGUCACCCCCAACGGCGAACGUCACGGGGGGAGCAACGGCAUCUUCAAAGGCGGCAAAGGCAACAACUGGGAAGGAGGGAUCCGCGUGCCGGGGCUGCUGCGGUGGCCGGGCGUGCUCGGGGCCGGGCUGGAGAUCUCCGAGCCCACCAGCAACAUGGACAUCUUCCCCACCGUGGUCAAGCUGGCCGGGGCCCCGCUGCCCGAGGACAGGAUCAUCGACGGGCGGGACCUGAUGCCCCUCCUUCGAGGCGAGACCCAGCGCUCCGACCACGAGUUCCUCUUCCACUACUGCAACUUCUACCUCAACGCCGUGCGCUGGCACCCGCCCAACAGCACCUCCGUGUGGAAGGCCUUCCUCUUCACGCCCAACUUCGCGCCCGAGGGCGCCAACGGCUGCUUCCCCACGCACGUGUGCUUCUGCCACGGCCACUUCGUCACCCGCCACCACCCCCCGCUGCUCUUCGACGUGUCCCGGGACCCGCGGGAGCGGCGCCCCCUGACGCCGGGCGCCGAGCCCCGCUUCUGGGAGAUCCUGGGGGCCAUGCAGGAGGCGGCCGAGCGCCACGCCCGCACCACGGGCCACGCCCCCAGCCAGCUGUCCGUGGGCCACAUCCUCUGGAAGCCGUGGCUGCAGAUGUGCUGUGCCUCGUCCCCCAGCCUGUCCUGCCGGUGUCCCCACGGGGAGCAGGACUGGGGGUACGGCCCGUAGCCGCGCGGGGGGCCCCGGG